UCCACCCACCAGCCAACCACCACCACCACCACUCUGUCGAGAAUCAUCCACACACAGAGAACAUUGUGUCGAGGAGGUUCCGGUCGGUGCUUGUCAGCUGAGAGAGAGAGAGAGGGAGAGAGAGGGAGGAAGAGAGAGAGAGAUCCUCCUUGGCAGACACCCGUCAGUGUGGCAGUGUGAUUUUGAGUGAGUGACUGGCUGACUGACGGGAGAUUCUGGAAGAAACACACAGGAAAGGAUCGGCACACAUUCUCCUGUUUUCUCUCCCCCCCCUCCCCCCCUUUGCUGUCUUGUCUGUUGUCACUCACGGCUGAUGAUUUUCUAUCCCGCUUGUAUUCACCUCAGCAUCGGAUUUUACUUUAUUUCUCCUCUCAUUGAUUGGCUGAAGCGGGGCUGAUCCCAGCCAACCUGGGCCGGGCCGUGGGGCUAUUCAGCGAGCCUUAUAGCUGAAGUUGGCACCCGACAUGAGCGCCUUGAGACCCUGGAGCGGGGCUCUCUCCUCGCCGGGGAGAGGGUCUGGGUCGUGGCGGUGCUGGUGGUGGUGGUGGGUUGUGGCAGUCGGGGUAUCAGUGGGCUCGGGAGAUCCGUGGAUGUCCGCGGAGGCAUGCCCGCCGCCUUGCUCCUGCAGCAGCACCAGGAUCUCCUGCGUGGAACCGGAGAAGGGUAUAAAUGCUUUCCCGCUCCUGCAGAGCGAGGCGGAGAUGGAGAACAUCACGGACAUUUACAUCGCCAACCAGAGCAGCUUCUCCUCCAUCAACGACAAAGACCUGCAACACUACAAGAAUCUCAGGAACCUGACGGUGACCAACAGCAGGCUUACAUAUGUAUCAAAGCUGGCCUUUGAAAACAACAUCAAGUUACAGUACCUGAAUCUGAAAGAUAACAACCUGUCGUCACUAUCCUGGAGGAUAUUCAGACACCUCAACAUCUCUUAUCUGAUCCUGUCAGGGAACCCUCUGCACUGCUCCUGUGAGAACAUGUGGAUCAAGCUGUGGUUAGAAAAGGAAGCAGACACUCAGGAGCUGCACUGCAUUGAGGAUGGAGGAGGACGCAAGCAGCUGUCCAAGCUGGAACUACCUAACUGUGGCCUUCCAACGGCAAAUUUGAACCCAUCUAAAGUAACAUUAAUGGAGGGGGAAAACUUGGCGCUGUCCUGUACGAGCUCUGGGGUGCCCUCUCCUGAGCUGAUAUGGAAAAUGGCGUUGGUAACCGCCUAUGUGAUCGAGGCUUCAGCCCAGAGUUCGGUGCUGCGGCUGUCCAACCUCUCGUCGAUGGACCACAACAGCAAGAUCAGCUGCAUAGCCGAGAACAUUGUUGGAGAGAACGAGUCUGCGCUGCUGCUGGAUAUACUUUUUCCUCCCAAAAUCACCAAGCUGAGUGAUGCAAUCCCAGACCAUCACUGGUGCAUCCCCUUCAGCGUGUCAGGAAACCCAGAGCCAAACCUACAAUGGUAUCUGGAUGGUGAAGAGGUGAUGGAGGGGGUUUACAUCACAACCAUGAUCCAUGACAUCACAGAGAGAGAGUAUCACGGCUGUCUGCAGCUCGACAACCCCACGCACCUCAACAACGGGCGCUACACGCUGGUGGCUACAAACCAAUUUGGAAGAGACCAGAAAGAGGUGGAGGCUCACUUCAUGCGCAAACCCUGGGAUGGCUCUGAGAAGGACCCUUUCUAUUAUGUUGCUGAGGAUCUAACCACAGAGGGCCCCCCUGUAGACCCACCUGAAGACAGAGUCGCUGUGUACGUGGUGGUUGGCAUUGCUGCUGUCGCAUUCACGGGUUUCCUUCUAAUGCUAGUUAUUCUCAAGUUUGGAGGAAACUCCAAGUUUGGCAUCAAAGGUCCAUCUUCAGUGAUCAGUAACGAUGAUGACUCAGCCUCUCCUCUUCACCACGUCUCCAACGGCAGCAACACUCCUUCCUCCUCAGAGAUGGGCCCUGACGCAGUGAUCAUUGGUAUGACCAAGAUCCCAGUGAUAGAAAACCCGCAGUACUUCAGGAGCACAAACAGCCUGCUCAAAACUGACACGUUCGUCCAGCAUAUUAAAAGACACAACAUUGUACUGAAGAGAGAGCUGGGAGAGGGAGCUUUCGGAAAAGUCUUUCUGGCUGAGUGUUACAACCUCUCACCAGACCAGGAGAAGAUACUCGUGGCUGUCAAGACACUUAAGGAGGCCAGUGAAAAUGCCAGGAAGGAUUUCCACCGUGAGGCUGAGCUGCUGACCAACCUUCAGCAUGAACACAUUGUUACUUUCUAUGGAGUCUGUGUGGAGAGCGACCCUCUCAUCAUGGUGUUUGAGUACAUGAAACAUGGAGACCUCAACAAGUUCCUCAGGGCUCACGGUCCAGAUGCAGUUCUGAUGGCAGAGGGCCAGACCACCAGACCUGUGGAGCUGACCCAGUCUCAGAUGCUGCACAUUGCCCAGCAGAUAGCAUCUGGCAUGGUCUACCUGGCAUCACAGCACUUUGUGCACCGCGACCUGGCCACCAGGAACUGCCUGGUGGGUGAGAACCUGCUGGUAAAGAUUGGGGACUUUGGCAUGUCCAGAGACGUCUACAGCACUGACUACUACAGGGUAGGUGUCGGCGGUCACACAAUGCUGCCAAUCCGCUGGAUGCCCCCUGAAAGCAUCAUGUACAGAAAGUUCACCACAGAGAGUGAUGUUUGGAGUCUUGGAGUUGUUCUCUGGGAGAUCUUCACCUAUGGAAAACAGCCGUGGUACCAGCUCUCCAAUAAUGAGGUGAUAGAGUGUAUAACCCAGGGCAGGGUGCUGCAGCGCCCCAGGACCUGUCCUAAAGAGGUAUAUGACCUGAUGCUGGGCUGCUGGCAGAGAGAGCCGCACACGAGACUCAACAUCAAAGAAAUCCACGGUCUGCUCCUCAACCUGGCCAAGGCGUCGCCUGUAUACCUGGAUAUACUGGGCUGAACACAGGAGGAGGAAGGAGGAGAUUUUUGGAUGUGUGUGGAUCGUUACUGUAUCUAAGUGUGUAUGUGCAUUUGAGGUUGCAUGCACGUGUGUGUGUGUGUGUGUGUGUGUGUGUGUGUGUGUGUGUGUGUGUGUGUGUGUGUGUGUGUGUGUGUGUGUGAGAGAGAGCCAGGGUGGUGACAUCUGUGAAUGAAGUGUGCGAUGCUUGUGCAAGUGUGUGUGUGCGAGGUACCGCUGUACAGGAUGUGAAGCUAUUAUCAAACUCUUAAAGGCAAUCAAAAAAUUCCCCAAAACUCAUCCCCAAUCGCCUCUUCUCUCCCUGCCAAUUUCCUCUCCUUUGUGCAUCGCUACUCUUUCCCUCCUUCCUUCCAGAGGAGACAUUUACGAAGAGUGAUUUAACUUUGGGGGGGGGGCUUCUCACUUCUUUUCAAAUGCUUUAAACUGACUGGGGCUAAAUUGAUGAAACCUGAUCAACAGGACUUGUAAUACAUUUUGAACAGCCAGAAAAUUUCAAGGAGGAGCAGCGUGGGGAGGAUUUCCGGAAACUUCAAUCCUUUGUGUGUAAAUAGAAGACUGAAACGGUGAGAUGUUUCAGAGGAAAUGGCUCCGUGCAAUGUUGAGCCAUAGAGACACUGUGUUUUCCCCUCUCACCUUGUCUGUCCGUCUGUCGUUCUGUCUGUGUCUCAGAACUGUACAAGAGUAUUAAUGUCAGCGUUCAUCCAACAAGGUGAUGAUUAACACACCAGUACACAUACAGCAGACUGACUGAAUAAUUACCAGGAAAAGGAAGUAAACAUCUGGUUUUCUGUCUGUCAGAUGACAAAUGAUGAUUUCUGAUUGGCUAAUUUCACUAAUUAAAAAAAAUCACUAACAAUACAGUGCCUGUUGAAGCUGAAUUGAACUGCUGUGGUGAAAAAAGGAAUUCAAGAAGAAGGCUGAGGUAUUCUGCUAUACUGUAAUUGUGAAUACUAGAUAUGUAAAUCUAUCUGGCACUGAUCUACAAUAUCUCCUCGUGCAACAGACUUAAUAUACAUGAUUAUGAGGGUAUAUAUGCAUUCAUAUCUGCAUACUUCAUACUGCACUGCUUUCUGUUACAGAUUUACUUUGCUCCGGCCUCUGCACUAUCAUACAGCACAGGGUAACAUGAUGACUACUUCACUUUUUCUCCCUCCGAAGUGACAGAUGCUUCACUUGUGAUGUCAAGCACUCGUGUCGGAGGUCAAUUGAUUCAUUUGUCCACAGCUGUCCGACAACUGCGAGGUCUUGGUGUUGAGGGGGUGGGCGUGAAAGUUGCAAAGGGAGACUGGGUUUUAAGUGGUCAGAUGUGUGGGUGGUGGCACUGUAGAAGGUGUGGUUCAUUUGGUCAACCCAUAUUAAGUCAUCAAGGCUCUCGGCACUUAGACAUCCUUGAAAACCACAUCUGUGCUAGAGGGGAUGCAUCCGACAACACACACACACACACACACACUGAAAGACACUCAAAACGGGCUGAGAAGGAAAUUGAAUUGUGCAUGUUUUAUUAUUUGAGCGGUGCAGUGCUUUAGCCAGGCCCCGUCCACUGUAAUGGUGUAAUGUAUAUUUCAUUACAGUCUAAUGGGCUCCAUUAGCACAGUCUCCUCACAGACAUUCAAGACUUAUUGUUUUAUGGCUGAGAAGGAAGGAUGGAGAGGUGAAGGGGAAGAAAACAGAGAGAGGGGCCUGGAACGAGGAGCAGUGGAGAGGAGAAAUAACGGGAGAGGUAAUAAUGCGUAUAGGAAAGAAAUGGAGAGAGUUCAGAAGGGAAGCAAUGGAGUAGAAAGGAGAAGGCGAUGGGAGUGAAAAAGGUACGACUGGGUCAUGAGGAGAAAGAUGAAGGAGAAAGAAAAGAUAGAGGAGUAUUAAAAGGGGGGAGAGAGAAGGUAUGAUUGCCCUCAGGGUGAAAGUGAGAUUGAGCAUCCAUCAUUACUGCGGCCUGCAGAUGUUCUAUAAGCCACAACUUCAACUAAACGCUCCCAUCACAUUCCUGGCCUCAACCGCAUGCACAGACACACAUUUUACAAGCAAUCCACCAACAGCUUAAAUGCACCACACAGCCCCAUCGUUGAGAUCCACUUGACUCACUUACAGUACGGCUCACAUAUCUGAUGAAGAUGCUUACAGACACACUGUGUAUAUAUACAACAGGUCACAUGCAUGCAAGGAAACACAUUUAAUGAUUGUUUUGGCAUUUUACCGAGGCAUAUUUUACUCUUUAUGGACAUAUUAGAAAAGUCAUAAUCAUUGCGGUUUUACCAAUAGCCAUUUUAAUCAGAUGUAAAACAUCAAUCUGGAAAUAUAAGUCUUAUUUGUUUAUUAACAACAGCACUUGAUGGUAUUGAUGUUUGUGAACUUGAAAAUGUUGAUUUUAUUGAUUUAUAGUAUUAUUAUUUAAAAAUUUAUAGUAUUAUUAUUUAAAAUUUUAAAUUUUGUACAUUUCUUUCUAUAUUUAAGGUUGCCUUUUGCAACAACAAACUGACUGAAAAUGAUUACUGGUUUAAGUAAUUAUGUUUUAGCAAAUGUAUAAAGAUAAUCUUGAGUGUACAUGUAUUUUUAUGUCAGGCUCCCCUCUUAACAGCUGUCCCCAUGUACAGCAUGCUCUACAACAGGGAUGGAUGUUUCACCCGUCUGCCACAUUUGUAGAUUUAGUUUGACAUAUUGCAGAAUUAUUGUCACCUGGCAGAGCAUGGAUGCGAGGGUUAAUGGCUGCCGCAUUGACAAGGCAGGCUAACGAGGUCCUCAAAAUCCAUCCCUGCUGUAUAGUCAAGUAGAGUUUGCACUGAGUGAGCACACUCAACGCCAUUCAAAAACUUGCCACACAAUAACUCAGUGCAAUAACAGAGGUGUGUGAGGGCCUGUGUGUGAGCUAAAAAAACAAAAACGGUUAGAAACAAACACAGCGCAUACAAACGCCUCUGAUGUCAAGAGUAGAGUAGGUCAAAGCAACAUCCCAGCUGGUUGCACUGUGCGUACGUACCUGCUGUGUUCCUCCUUUUGUUUUGUUUUCUUUUGUUUUGUUUUUUUUUUCAAAUAAUGAACUGUGUCAGGUUGGACAGCAGUGAUGUUUUGACAGAAGAUUGGUGUUUAAUUUGAUGAAGGCAGCACACUGCAGGAGCUCUCUGUGAAACUUUUACUCUGGCUGAAGAUCGGCCAUCUUCGUAUCGAUGCCUCAGAUCAAAACAUAUUGGUCAAACAGAAAAAAAAGGGAGGAAAAACAACUGCUGUAUGAAUGGACACCUCAGAAAAGGAGGGACUGACAAUCACAGACUUCUCUUCUUCUUCAAGUGACCUACUGUAAAAUAGACUAUUCAACCAACUUUUCUCUUCUAUGCUGCCUAUACUGUAUGUGAUAGUUUUAAACUUUGGUCUCUAAAAGUGCUACGUUUUCUUUUUGUUUUUUUGUAAAAUGAAAUAACAGCGAGAGGAAUGAACAAAAAUAGAAAUGUACAAAUGUGAAUAUGCUGCUGAAAGAAACAUCAAAGCAUCACAAACUGCUGUGUCCGAGACUGUGUCAGUAUUUAGAUUGUACUGUUUUCUUCUUUUCUCUUACAAGUGGAGGGCAGAGAAAUGAGUUUCUAUACAUGGGACUCACAAAUACACAAGAUGACAUACAGCAGCCCCCGGGGUGCAGAGCGGUGUUUGCUCAUUCUCCCAGUGGUGUGUGUGUGUGUGUGUGUGAGUGUGUGUGGAGAAGGCUGAUUGAUACUGGAGUGAGGUCAGGAGGGAUUUAGACUCUAGCCAAAUCCUAGUUCAAAUGCAAUGAGAUUCAACGGAGAAUUCAGGAAUUGAUUUGUUGUCGCUGUUCACCAAUUCAUGAUAAAUGACUUUACCCAGUCGUGUUGGACUGAGGUUGGUAUUAUGGCAGCUAAGAUUUAUGGAAUCACUCAAUUGCAUUAUUUAUGUCUCCAAAAUCAGCCUCCUUCUGGACACAACUUACUAAAACCUGGGUUUCACAGACAUAUAUCAGCAAUAUGAAUGGAUAUUUUCUUUUUGCCUAUCGCCUCACUAUAACAUAUUGCUAAAACCAUGUGGCUCAGUGACCUGAAGCGCAGUCCACACAUCCACAUCCACAUACAUAUACAUCCCGACUUUGAGUGUGUUCUGAUCCAUAUCACAUUUAAUCCCCCUUCCCCUCACAACCCCUCACAUCACAGUCUAAGCUAAAAGAGCUGAAAUAUCAUAAAGGUCAUCUUAAAGAUUACCUUUGAGCUUGGAUGCUCCUGGAACCCCUACACCCUGAAGAAUGUAAUACAAAAACAAAAAAAAUAGAAAAGAACAAGAAACUGUGAUUUGCUAUAUGCAGUAUCCCUGUUUUUCAGUUUUUGGUUCUGUGAUCUUUGUCUCUGUGUUUUGAGGGUUUCGCUGCUGCCAGCAUGGUAGGGGAAAAAAGCAGGAUUUUGAAUGUGUUGUGGCUGUUUGGAUUGUAAAAGGCUUAAAAUAGGACAAAGGACAAAACACUGCAAGGUUUCUGUAUGAAAGAGAUGCUGAAAUGUUAUUUCUAUGCCUAAAACAGAGCAUCUUUCUUAAAAAGCACAUAAGGUGAUUAAAAGCUGGAAAUAUUCUGAUUGAUGCAGCUAAUGUCUGUCUUUGCAAACAGAUUGGUAGUACAGUAAACACACACACACAGAAACACACACCAGAGGAAACUUGUACAGUCAUGCAGUUGCGUGGUGAAAAUGAUCACAGUGAGUCUUGAUGAUGAUGAUGAUGAUGAUGAUGAUGAUGAUGAUGAUGAUGAUAUGAUUUUUCUCUGAACGUGGACCAGUCUGUCAUGAUACAAUGUAAUUAAUAAAAAGUGUUAUGUCA